AUCGAAAUACAAGCUUAUCAUUGAAUAAAUAAUACGAGAAAAGUUAUAGACAUUGCAUAACCCUCUCUUCUCUCUGAUUUCCUUUUCUCCCUCGAAUUUCUUUCUAAACAACUGUUUGUUAAGUUGAGUCCUUAACAUUUCUGGCACUGUUGAAAGGAGGGACCCAUGACACAAAGAUUUUUUAAAAUUUAAUUUUUUUUUUGGUAGACGACAGUUAAUGUGGGCAACGACUCUAACUACCUUGAAAUUUCGAAAAAUAGUGGCAGUCACACGAAGCAGUCAAUCCUGUUCAGUUCAAUGUUACACUCACAAGUCACAAGAUAUACUAGAACAUCUUCCUUUUUGUUUUCCUGUCGAUUUUCGGCAAAAAUGGGGACUUGACCACACAAAAGUUUCAUAAAUGUUGAUUAAAUUUCAGUCACUUUUCUUACAACUUUCAAAAACCCAUCAAACACUAUCAAGAACCAAACAAUUACAUGCUGUAGUAACCAAAACCCACCUCUUACAAGACCCAUUUUAUGCAACAAAACUUGUAAGAUUCUAUGCUUUAAACAAUGACCUCUCCUCUGCUCGUAACCUGUUUGAUAAAACUCCUCAACGCAGUGUUUUCUUAUGGAAUUCCAUCAUCAGAGCUUAUGCCCAAGCUCAUAAAUUUGAUGAUGCAUUCUUGCUGUACACAAAGAUGAUUGGAUUUGAUGUAAUACCAGAUAAGUAUACGUAUGCGUGUCUUAUACGUGCAUGUUGUGAGGAUUUUUAUGUGGAUGGGUUGAGAAUUGUUCACGGAGGAGUGAUUGUUUCCGGUCUGGGAUUGGAUUCGGUUACUUGCAGUGCAUUAGUUACAGGUUACUCAAAAAUGGGUCUUGUUGGUGAAGCAAGCAAGGUGUUUUGUGGGGUUUUUGAACCAGAUUUGGUUCUGUGGAAUGCUAUGAUUUCUGGCUGUGGUUAUUGUGGAUUUGGUGAUAAAGGGUUGCUUUUUUUUAAUGAAAUGAGAGACAACGGGAAUAGAAGGCCAGAUGGUUAUACCUUUGUUGCGUUAAUCUCGGGUUUAGCAAAUUCUAGCUCGCUUGAGCUUGGCCAAGGAAUUCAUGGGUUAUGCUUGAAAAGUGGUUUUGAUUGUAAUGAUCAUGUAGGCAGCUCACUUGUCAGCAUGUAUUCGAGAUUUAGUUGCAUCAAUCUGGCAUAUAGUGUAUUUAGAAGUUUAUGCCAGCCCGAUUUAGUAACAUGGUCUGCUUUGAUAACUGGAUUUUCUCAGGCUGGAGAACAUGAGAAGGCAUUGCUUUUCUACAAGAAUCUGAAUUUGGCGGGUAAAAAACCAGAUUCCGUUUUGAUUGCUAGUGUUUUGGUGGCAACUGCUCAAUUGGCAAAUGUAGGGCCUGGUGCUCAGAUACAUGGUUAUAUAGUUCGAUAUGGAUUUGAAUCACAUGUCAUGGUUUCUUCUGCUCUAAUAGAUAUGUAUUCAAAGUGCGGUUUUGUGGGAUUGGGGCUUCGUGUCUUUGAGAAUAUGCCAAACAGGAAUAUUGUUUCAUACAAUUCUAUAAUAUCAGGUCUUGGCUUGCAUGGACUUGCUUCCCAAGCUUUUGACAUGUUUACGGAGAUACUAGAGAAAGGAUUGAAACCUGAUGAGUCUACUUUCUCUGCUCUCCUUUGUGCUUGCUGCCAUGCUGGCCUUGUUAAAGAUGGAAGGGAAAUUUUCAGGAGGAUGAAAGAUGAGUUUUGGAUCCAAGCUGGAACAGAGCAUUAUGUUCACAUUGUAAAGCUUCUUGGGAUGGCAGGAGAGCUGGACGAGGCAUAUAAUUUUAUCCUGUCCUUGAAGCAACCAGUAGAUUCUGGCAUUUGGGGAGCAUUGUUGUCAUGCUGCGAUGCUCAUGGGGAUUCUGAGUUGGCAGAAAUUGUGGCCCAGCAGCUUUUUGACGGCGAGCCCAAAAAGGGUGCCUACAGAGUCAUGCUUUCUAACGUAUAUGCUGGCGAUGGGAGAUGGGUUGAUGUUGAGAAGAUGAGAGAUUAUAUAACCAUUGCUGGAGCAGAGAAGAUGCCUGGUCUUAGUAGGAUUGGAAGUUAUUGAAUUUAAGUCAGGAAAAAGGUAACUUCAUGCUCCAGAGAAUAUUCUUCCAACCAGGUUCAUCCUCCAUCACUGGCAGUCUUGCAUUAUCCAGGAAUAAACUCAGAGCUAACUACCAUGUUGUCAUCAAAUCGAAAAGUCUGAAUUUCAAAAUCAUGUAUAUUACCAGAGGAGGCUCAAACUGAAAGCUACUUUCUUAUUUUUUUUUUUAUUAAAAAAUUCUGAUAUUUCGUCUUAGUGCUGGUAUGAGGCAGCAGAGGAAGAUGGUCAAUAUAUUUGGUAUUGGGUUAUUUCAGUUCUCCAUGAAUCUCAAAAUAGCCAGGCCUAAAUUUCUCCUCAACAAUAAGAGGCAGCGGAGAAAGGACAUUAACCUGUGAAUACAUUGGAGGUCACUUAAAAUUGGAGUGACCGGAUGACUUAUUAUGCAAUGCUCUAAUGAUCAAAACAUCCAUGUAAAUCAGAACCUCCUGCAUCGAAAUGUAUUUUCUGGGAUUACAGAAAAUGUUGCUGUGCUGCUUGACAUUAUUCUCGGUGUCACCAAGGUUUUGGAGGUGGGCUAACUGCUCAUUGGAAAGAAGCCACCACUAGUUUAGGAUUGAAUUAUAUGCUUGGAAUGUGCCUAAUUUUGUAAUUUUCUUCACUACCAUUAGGUUUCAAUCUUUCUGCAUGUCCAUCAAGCAAAGGCAGCAAACCAAUUGCUUGAAUGUGGGGACGAAUUGUAAAUCAUCCAGAAGAAUAUUUAGACUCGAGCAGCUAUGGAAGCGAAGGUACUGUAAUCUUUGCAGGCUCCCUCCUCAAGCUCUGUCAGUCGACUCAAUUCCUCAAGCACAGGAGAAGCAUCGAUGAGAGCCUCGAGCUUGGGAAAUCCACCUAGCCUUAACUUAUUUGCAUCGUAAUCAUGCCACAAGGUUGGAUUUUUGGAUCAGGUAGGAGCUGAAGAACUAACGCUGGAUUCUCAGUAGAUGAGAAAAACCCAGUCUUAGUUUUGGUAUUAUAUAUAUACCACUCCUUUAUAAGAAAGUGAUUCAAGACUGUGGUUUGCAUACAUGUUGUAUAACUCAAAGUAAUUAAUAUAAAUAUAUCUUUGUGAAUUAUCAUGAA